GCGUGAUGACGCGCGGGCUGGCGGAGCGCGUUGAGGGCGCCGGCGGGCGGGUUUGAAUCUGGUCCGAGAGCGGGAAACUGCGGGUCCCGGGGACGAGGCUCAUCUUAAUUCAGUGCCAGACCUCCUGUGUGAAGAGCGCAGUGCCAUGGGGACGGUAGCUGCGUGCUGGGAUGAUCUCACCUAGACGGCAGCUCUGGCUGGAAGGGUGAGGUCUUGUGCACAUGGUAGCGCAUCACUUUGAGAGAGAGAGAUUGCGCGGUUACAGAAUAAAUGCCAUAUGAAAAACAGUUUGAUCUGUCAUGGAAAAACGUGAGACAUUUGUACAAGCAGUGUCUAAGGAGCUGAUUGGAGAAUUUUUGCAAUUCAUUCAACUUGAUAAAGAUGCUUCUGACCCUUUCAACUUAAGUGAAUUGCUGGAUGAAUUGUCAAGGAAACAGAAAGAAGAGCUAUGGCAAAGACUCAAGAAUUUAUUAACAGAUGUGUUGGUGGAAAACCCGGUGGACGGGUGGCAGCCAGGGGAAGCCCCCGAUGAAGGCAGUAUGGAAACAGAGCAGGGGUCGAAAAUGAAAAAAAGCAUAGAAAUAAUUCAUGCAAUUACAUCUGUGAUUCUUGCUUCUGUGUCUGUUAUAAAUGAAAGUGAGAAUUAUGAAGCCUUACUGGAGUGUGCUGUUAUAUUAAAUGGUAUUUUGUAUGCGCUACCUGAGUCUGAACGAGAGCUACAGGGCUCCAUCCAGGAUCUGUGUGUGAUGUGGUGGGAGAGAGGCCUGCCUGCCAAGGAGGACAUGGGGAAGACUGCUUUCGUCAUGCUGCUGAGGAGAAGUCUCAAGACAAAAACAGGUGCAGACAUCUGUCGGCUAUGGCGUAUCCAUCAAGCUUUAUAUUGCUUUGAUUAUGAUUUGGAGGAAAGUAGAGAAAUUAAAGACAUGCUGCUUCAGUGCUUCAUAAAUGUUAAUUAUAUCAGAAAAGAAGAGGGAAGAAGAUUUCUUAGUUCUCUCUUCAACUGGAAUAUAAAUUUCAUUAAAAUGAUCCAUGGGACCAUUAAAAACCAGUUACAAGGAUUACAAAAAUCUUUGAUGGUACACAUUGCAGAAGUUUAUUUCAGAGCUUGGAAAAAGGCUUCAGGGAAAAUAUUAGAGGCCAUCGAAAAUGGCUGCAUCCAGGACUUCUUGUACCACGGGGUCCACCUUCCUCGGAAGUCUCCAGUGCACACCAGAGUGCGCGAGCUGCUGAGUUAUUUUCAUCGUCAAAAGGAAGUUCGGCAGGGAGUGGAAGAGAUGCUUUACAGAUUAUAUAAGCCCAUCCUUUGGAGAGGAUUAAAGGCCAGAAACUCGGAAGUCCGGUCCAAUGCUGCACUGCUGUUUGUUGAAGCAUUUCCUAUUAGGGAUCCAAACUUUAAUGCCAUUGAGAUGGAUAGCGAAAUUCAGAAACAAUUUGAAGAACUCUAUAGCCUUUUAGAAGAUCCUUAUCCGAUGGUCCGUUCCACAGGGAUCCUUGGUGUUUGUAAAAUAACUUCCAAGUACUGGGAGAUGUUACCUCCGACCAUUCUUAUUGACCUUCUCAAGAAAGUAACUGAGGAACUGGCAUUUGAUACGAGCUCUGCUGACGUGCGCUGUUCUGUCUUUAAGUGCCUGCCUAUAAUUUUGGAUAAUAAAUUAAGCCACCCGUUAUUAGAGCAACUUUUGCCAACGUUAAAGUACUGUCUCCAUGACAAUUCGGAGAAAGUGAGAGUGGCUUUUGUUGAUAUGCUGCUGAAAGUUAAGGCUGUGAGGGCUGCUAAGUUUUGGAAAAUAUGCCCCAUGGAGCACAUUCUGGUCCGUCUGGAGUUGGACUCUCUGCCCGUCACUCGGCGCCUGGUGGGCCUUAUCUUCAACUCCUUCCUGCCCGUGAACCAGCCCGAGGAGGUGUGGUGCGAGCGCUGCGUGACGCUGCUGCAGAUGAACCAUGCGGCUGCGCGGAGGUUCUACCAGCACGCGCACGAGCACACGGCCUGCACCAACAUAGCAAAGCUGAUUCAUGUGAUUCGCCACUGCUUGAACGCCUGCAUCCGGAGGGCUCUGAGUGCAUGCGGGGAGGGCGACGAGCAGGGGAAGGAGAAUGUGAGCGCCCUGGACCAAACGCUGUCAAUAAAUGAUGCUGCGUCCAUGGCGGGUUUGUUAGAGAUCGUUGUGAUUCUUUGGAGAAGCAUUCACAGGAGUAUGGAGAAUAACAAAGAGGCCAAAGUGUACACCGUUAGCAAGUUCGCCUCUAUGCUGCCAGAGUACAUGAAAGCGUUUAAGGAUGAUCGCUGCAAGACCCCUCUGUCUGUGCUGGCCUCCCUGAUGCCGGCCUCGGCUGUGCCCACCUUCAGCUGUGGUGUGAUUUCCACACUAAGAAACCAAGAGGAAGGAACAGCCGACAAGAGCUACUGUAUUCUGUUAGACUGUCUCUGCUCCUGGGGGCAAGUGGGACAUGUCCUGGAGCUCGUUUGUGACUCGCUGCCGGAAGAGCAGCCUCAGAGCAAGGGUAACUCUGCGUCUAAGCGGAAAGUGCGGGUCCAGGACCCGCGCCCAGUCAAACCCGGGCUGGCGCUUGUCUACGUUGAGUACUUGCUGACCCACCCAAAGAAUCGCGAGUGCCUGCUUUCCGCGCCCCAGAAGAAACUAAACCGUCUUUUGAAAGCCCUUGAAACAUCCAAGGUGGACCUGGAAUCGAUUUUGCAGUCGCCAGGUGGGAGCCCUCACCACCUGAGUGAAGGCGCUGCCCUGCGAGCCUUCAGCCUCCACUGUCGGUUGGGUAUCCAUCUUCAGCACAAGUCCUGCUCAGAAGGCAAAGUUUACCUGUCCACUUUGGAAGACACUGGGUUUUGGUUAGAAAGCAAAGUGUUAUCUUUUAUCCAAGAUCAAGAAGAAGAAUAUCUGAAGCUUCACAGGGUCGUUUAUCAACAGAUUAUCCAGACCUACCUGACUGUGUGCAAGGAUGUCAUUGUGGUCGGCCUUGGUGACUGUAUGUUUCAGACACAGCUUUUACAGCGGAGCCUGGGAAUCAUGCAAACAGUGAAGGGAUUCUUUUAUGUUUCAUUACUUCUUGGCAUCCUGAAAGAGGUAACCAGAAGCUCCUUGACGCAGAAAGCAGAUUCAGAGAAAGAAGUCUUAACGCUGUUUGAUUUGGUGCAGAAAGUAUUUCAGCAAAUGUUGGAAUGUAUGGCGCGGAGCUUCAGGAAGCAACCAGAAGAAGGCUUGCAGCUCCUUUAUUCUGUUCAGACCCCUCUUCAUGAAUUUAUCAGCACCGUGCAGUCCUGGCACGUGGACACACCUGUCCACCGAGGCGUGCUCUCCACUCUGAUUGCCGCGUCCGUGGUCGAGAUAAGUCACCGGCUCCAAAAGGUUUCUGAUACCAAAGAGCUUACUCCCCCAGAGGGUCUUUCAGCCCUUCCACCAUUUUCAAGGUGUUUAAUAGGAAUAAUAAUAAAAUCUCCGAACGUAGUCAGGUCAUUUUUAGAUGAAUUGAAGGCAUGUGUUAUUUCUGAGGAUAUUGAAGGCAUCGUGUGUCUCACAGCUGUUAUGCACAUUAUCUUGGUUAUUGAUAAAGGUAAACAUAAGAGUUCAAAAGUGAAGGGUGUUGCAGCUACUGUUCACAGAAAACUAAAGACAUUCAUGGAAAUUACUUUGGAAGAGGAUAGCUUGGAAAGGUUUCUCUAUGAAUCAUCAUCAAGAACUUUGGGAGCACUUUUGAAUUCAUAACCAAGCCAACAGCUUGGUCAUUAAAAAUAGAGAAAAAGGACUUAUAGAAAGCGAGAUGAAUGUGUAUUUUCCUAGUGGUUUUUUUGUUGUUGUUGUUGCGGUACGCGGACCUCUCACUGUUGCGGCCUCUCCUGCUGCGGAGCACAGGCUCUGGACGCGCAGGCUCAGCGGCCAUGGCUCAUGGGCCCAGCCGCUCAGCGGCAUGUGGGAUCUUCCCGGACCGGAGCACGAACCCGUGUCCCCUGCAUCGGCAGGUGGACUCUCAACCACUGCGCCACCAGGGAAGCCCCACGAGUGUUUUUAAUGUUAAUAACCCAUAUAGUAGAGAAGGGGUAGGAUUUAUUUGAGGGUGGGUAUGAGUAGAAGAACACUCCAAGGUUCUCACAUGUUUGCCCAGCGCCUGCAUAAAUGAUACAUUUAAUGUAACAGGCUCCAGGUAUGAAUGGUGCAGAAACCCACAGUGCAAAGAAAGAAAAAAGACACCUUUCUAGUAAACCCGGUUGUUUUAAAAAUGACUUUUAUAUAUAAUAUUGCUUGCAAACUAUGAGUAAUAAAGCAAUGACAACA